AUGACUACAACCACUACUGUUGUGACCGAACCCGCUUCUCCACCUGCAGCCAAAGCUGCCGUCGGAUUCGACACGACUGACCAGAAGUUGCGAGUGAUCACCCCAGAGGACAUGGAAGACGGAAAGCAGACGGGCGACGUUGUCACCGUGGACGGACGCAUGUUGACGAUUCUCACCCUUUGCGAUUCGAUCGAAUCGGCGCGCGCCUCGUGCGAAGAGCACGCCAGCGAGGUAAGUGAGACACUCGAGGAAGGGGGAGAGGGAGAAGAGAACGUAGUUGACGGAGAGACAUAGCGACUGCUUUGCAGAUGAACGGAAUGGGGCUCCCGUCGAUCAAGUACGAGCAGGAGGAGGACGACGAGGCCGCGCAGGAGACGUCCACUUCCGGCGGUGGCGACAAGGACGCUGACAUCGACAUGGCCGAGCUGGACGACGGAACGUUGGACGACGAGGUGAACCUGACGACUGGCGACGAGAUCGACCUUCGGGCGCUCGAGAGAAACUUCGGAGUAGUCUCUGAUUAUGACGCGGUUGCCGAUCUACGUGAGUCACACAAACAAAGCUAGGCAAACAUGGGAACGUGAACGAUUUGCAGAGCAGCAAAUUGACGAGAUGAAGAGCACGAUGCGAGAUGCGAUCGCCAUCACGAUGAACGAUCUUCAGCACGACGUGGAUCGCAUCCAGGCGAAGCAAGAGUCUCUCAUCAAAAUGUACACCAAGUUCCUCGGAACUGAGCGAGAUGGAAGAGUUCAUCAGCCGUUCAGCGGUAAGCGUGAUUGCGAACUGUAGAAAAUAAUUGAAGAUGUUUCAGAGCGUUUUCCAUCUAAGGCAUUCGAUGGAAGCGAUGUGUACAGAAAGCUCGGGCAGACUCCCGAAGACAUAAUUCAAAGUCAAUUCGAUCAGAUGGAAAAGAUUUUUGCGCUCAGACAACAUGAUAGCACGCGGUUCGCCCGCAAUGACUUCGCGUCAUCCACUUACCUGAUGGGCUCAAAGGCCAAAAAGACGUCGAUUGUCAGACGCACUGAAGCUUCAGCAGAUGGUGGCGAACAAGAGUACACGUUCGGAACGAAUGGCACCCAAGGAAAGAGAAUCGUGAAUGGAAUCGUGAAGCCAGUUGACAAGCUCUACUAUCCAUUCAUCACUCGUGACGAGGAGGAAGAGUGCCUUGAGGCGGCCAACGGACAAGCUCCCAUAUACGCUCAGCUUCUCGCCAAGAUCCUGUUCGCGGACACCAUCAUGAUGUACUUCAAGGAUCAGGACACUGCGAAGCGCAACUGGCUCCAUGACGCCGUCGACUACCGUUUCCCGACUCUCGACAAGCCGACCCACGUGUCCAAAUGGAAGAAUUGCUCGUUCUUCAUCAACAAGAACAUGAGAGAGGCGGUGAUCGCCAGUGGAAAUCCGAUGCCAAGAGCUCCGUGUGGACCGAGAGGACCGAUCGGACCGAAAGAUAAGUCGAAGCUGGAGAACAAAGACGCCGAGGACUCGUCGUCGAAUGACGGAGAAGACGGAGAGGAGUCCGUCGUCGCUGCACCAACUCCGGCCAGAUCGAAAGCGAUGCGUGUGAAUCGUGAAGCAUCGUUGGACGGCAUCGAGUGGGAGUACUUGGAGGCGGAGUUCGAAAAGGAGUGCUUCGACGAGUGCAGAGGAGAUCAGUUCAAGUACGCCGAACUGAUGGCUCUCCGCCUCUUCAGCACCACCCUUGGAAUCAAGUUCAAAGAGCAGGAUCAGACGAAGAAGGAGUGGCUGCGCACGUGCGUCGAGGCCCGCUUCCCACUUGAAGACCGCGACAAGAACGACCAGCGCUGGAAGAUCUGCGGCCAGACGUGCAACCGCAAUCGCACAAAGAAAGUAGGUGCCGACGGACGCGAGGAGGCCUACCCGUACUUCGACCAGUCUGUCGAAGAAGAGUGCUUCGAAAAGUGCGACGGACAGGUGGCCGUCUACGCGGAGCUGAUGAAUGGCAAGCUGUUCCCGGACACUCAGCACCUCUUCUUCAAGGACCAAGACCUCGGACGUCGCAAUUGGCUGCACACCAUUCUCGACAAGAGAUUCCCGUCUGGUGACAAGGUGCUUCAGACGUCCAAGUGGAAGGCGUGCACCAACGCGAUCAACAAGAAACUCUUCGACGGCACCGUCACUCCGAUCACCAAAGAGGCUCUUCUGAAGGAUGAACUCGACUCUGCGAGGAGAGACGGCACUCCACGUGUAUCUCUGGCGCGUUUUGAACGUCGUCAGCCCUCGGAAACCCCAUCGAGCAGCGGAGCUUUGAAGAGAAAGGCCGACGAGACGGAGAGUGCCCCUUCGACUCCGGCAGCCAAAAGAGAAAGCAUUCGCAACAAGCAGAAGAUCAAAGAAAAGGAGAUGUACUCGGCGUAUCCGUACGUGUCCGAAGAGGAGGAGGUGGCCAUUUUCGAGGCGUCGAACGGCAACCCGCAAGUGUACGGUCGCGAGCUCGGAAGAGUUCUGUUCGCCGAUACCAUCAAGCACUAUUUCAAGGUUUGUGUAUUUGUUUUCAGCUGUCUAGUUCAUUGUAAUCGUUACAGGACCAAGAUGCUGACAAGCGCCAGUGGAUUCACGAGAUCCUCGACUUCCGUUUCCCUUCGAAGAAUCAGCUGGAGAGCAAGCAGAAGUGGAAGAAUGUGACGGCGGCGAUCAACCGCAACAUGACGACUGCCGUGGUCUCCCGUCGCUCGCUCCCACGUUAA